GAAAAAAAUACGGAGCAAUUAAAUGAGAGUUAUAGAGUUAUACAUGGUAAUUGAAAGAGAGAAAUUAGGAGCAUUUUCAGUUUUUCUUGCCAUCUUCUUUCGAGGAAAAAAAUGAUAGGGAUAUAUGACGAAUACCGGCGAUUGAUUGCGAUGAACCAAACCCGGUGGAUCUACAAAUAUAUAGACCAAUACAGUGACUGAAAUCUACAGAAUCAGCCAAUGCAGCCACUUCAUCCAGAACUCCAUAAUUUUCAGCAGAAUCAGCCGAUUUUUCAUGUUACCAAACGGGCUCUUAGAAUGCGUAUUUGAGAUUAUUUCUGAAAUUAUUACAGGCAGCGAUUUAAAGGUAAGGAUGUUUUCUAUUGGACUGUUUUCAGUCCCAAACCAGUGUUAGAAAUAGGAAAAUUGUGUGAAUGGAAAGAAACAAAUAGGCAAGAAUCGUGGCUGAUUAUUAUAGCUAUAAUUAGAUGAUUUACUUUCCUAUUAUGAAUGUAGAAUCCCCUAUAUUAGUAGGUCUCGACAUGUAUGUAAAAAUAUACAAGGCAUUUUGUUUUCUUCCAACAUGUUCUUCUUCCCUAUUGAUUUUCAUCUCAAGAUGGUAUCAGAGCGGGUUAAGAGACUAAUGGGAUUCAGAUUAUAAAUUAUCAUCAUUCUCCAAAUACCUUUUCUCGACCUCUUUGCCAAGAGGCAGACAAAACCAUGUCACAUACAGAGGAGGAUAAAAAGAAAGCUAUGGUGAAUGUCUCAACCGAAGACUUCGCACAGAAGUUCGCCGAGUUCCUGCAACAACUCUAAACUCCAACCACCACAAAGAAAACUGUGGUGAAUCCUAAAAACCUGGGAGAGGUGAUCAUCUCUACAAAAUUAGCAGGAGAUAAUUACCCUCUUUGGGUCAAUCUCAUGAAACGAGCAAUUGGAGGAAAGGGCCUUUCCUCCCACAUCUCAAAAGAUUCAAACCUGCCAAUAGAGACGGAUCCGGAGUAUGAUUCGUGGCAACAACUCGACCAUUGUGUCUUUGGAUGGAUCAUCAAUAACAUGGACCCGGAGUUGGUCAACGAGGUGUCUCAAUACCCCACAGCCAAGGAACUAUGGGAAGGUCUCGCAAUUACUUACGGCAGUGGGGGAGAUCCUCUACAAGUUUAUGAUCUGCACCGGAAGGCAAGCAACGUCAAACAAGGAGACCUCACUCUCGAACAACUCUGGAAUCGACUCUAAAGCAUUUGGAUGUCGAUUGACCGAAAGAAGCCCAACCCAAUGAAGGACCCAGAGGAUAUACAGAUUUACAACAAAGAGAAGCAAGAGACGCGUCUCUUUCAAUUUUUAAUGGCGCUCAACGAUAGCCAUGAGGCAACCCGAAGGGAGAUCCUUAAGAGAACUCCACUACCUUCCGUAAGAGACGCUUAUGCUACCAUCCGACGAGAAGCUACGAAUGAUGAGGUCCUCAAGCCGAUGACAUCCAAUCCACAAGAAAGUCAAAUCAUCGGAGGAAUUGGAGCAGGGCUUACCUCACGCAGCAGUGGUCGGCCGACCCCAAAUCGCGGCGGAUACAGGCAAGAAGAAGACCGAAGUCCGCUGACUUGCAGCCACUGCGGAAGAAAGAAACACACGAAGGACCAAUGCUUCCUUCUAGUGGGAUAUCCAGAGUGGUGGGACGAGAUGAAACGGAAGAGGGCCGCAAGGAGCGAGAUGCAGCCGGCUGAGAGAGGACGUCGCACCACCGUAAAUCAGGCUACCGGCACUGUGAAUACAGUGGGCAACACUGAUGGGCUCCUCGUCGGGAGCCGCGAGGCAGAAGGGUCGACUGGAAGAGAGGAAUGGAUAUGGGAGCCACAGCUAGGAUUUGCCGAGGAGCAAUGGAGGCUGGAACGGGUAAAGCUUCUGAUGUUUUACACGAUAUUUCAACAGCAUGUUCUACAUCUGGAAGUACUUAUCAACAUAGUGAUUGGAUUUUUGACUGCGGUGCAACGGACACCAUGUCCUUUGAACUCUCGGACUUUGACAAAAUUUCCAAGGCCCAAAAGAGACAUGUUCAAACUGCAAAUGAGGAAUUGCUUCCAGUUCAAGGAGCAGGAACAAUUAAAAUAUCGGAAUCCUUAAAGAUUCCAAAUUGCCUUUAUGUGCCUUCCUUAGCUCAUAAAUUGUUAUCUGUUAGCCAUGUCACAAAGGAGCUCAAUUGUACAUUGCUAAUGCAGCCCUCCUUUUGUAUGUUGCAUCACAUUCGGACGGGGACGAUUGUUGGCCAUGGCACUGAGCAAAAUGGACUCUACUUUGUGGACGAGAUAACUCAACAGGGUAACGCAUUGCUGACUCACGGAUCCCCUGAUCGGUUGGCUUGGUUAUGGUAUAGAAGGCUAGGUCACCCAUCAUUUGUUUAUCUUAAGACUUUGUUUCCCCAGUUUGAAAACUUCCUCACUUGCACUGUGAUACAUGCUUACUUGUAAAAAGUCAUCGACAUUCAUUUGGUUUCAAUAAUACUCGUGUUGAAAAUGUUUUCUCCCUUAUUCAUUCGGAUGUGUGGGGCCCUGCACCUGUUCUUGGUGGAGGGGGGUUUAAAUACUUUGUUCUAUUCAUUGAUGAUUGUUCUCGUAUGACAUGGGUGUAUUUUUUAAAAUCCAAAUCGGAAGUCUUUGAGAAAUUCACCUUGUUCUACGACUAUGUCCAAACCCAAUACCACAAAAAAAUCCAAAUUCUUCGUUCUGAUAACGGGGGGGAAUAUGUUAACCACAAAAUGAAUGAAUUCAUUACAAAAAGGGGGAUGAUACACCAAACCACUUGUCCUCAUACCCCUGAACAAAAUGGGGUCGCCGAAAGAAAAAAUCGGUCCUUGUUAGAAAUGACAAGAGCCUUACUCAUUGAUUCCAAAGUCCCGGCCUCUUUCUGGCCUGAAGCCCUUGCUGCUUCAGUAUAUACCAUGAACCGUCUCCCGUCCAAAAGUCUUGACCUCAAAACACCCAUCCAUUCCCUUUCUACACAUACUAACAUACCUUUACCUCUUACUCUUAAUCCAAAAGUUUUUGUGUGCUACGUAUUUAUACACAUUCCUAAAACUGAACGCACAAAACUCUCUCCUUGUGCAAUCAAAUGAGUAUUUGUCGGAUAUGGAGUGCACCAAAAGGGGUACCGCUGCUAUGACCCGAAAACCAAAAAAUUGUUUGUCACUAUGAACUGUGAUUUCCUUGAGACAAAAUUUUUCUAUAACCAACUUAGCAGUCAGGGGGAGAAUAACAUCGACCCACUAAGUUGGUUACAUCC